AUGCAGGUGGUUUGUCUCUCUCGAUCUGUGGUCGAACCCACAUGUGACUAUGUUCGCAACCUUACCGCCGCUUCGGAUACAGGCGUUGGCGGUCGUCGGCAACGUACGAACCACCUUAGUGCCUUUUGCCUCGAUCCUGUGGCAAGUGCGGUCAACGAAACAACCAGCAACUUUCGAUGGAUUGUCCCUGCUCGCGGUGAGAUUCGACUUCGACUUCGAUUCCAAGCCGACCGGGUUGGGCAAUUUGAUCAAGUGUUCCACUUCGAAGUGUUGGGUACCAGACGUGUGUAUGAGUUGUAUUGCAGAGGAAUAUGUGCUGUCCCAUCAAUAAGCCGUGAACCAAGACUCAUUUAUCAGAACAGAAAAAGGAGCAUAAAACCGAAUGAGAUAGUGCACAAGACCUACAUCAAAGAUACAGGAAUAUUUGAAUUUGGACCUCUGCUGAUUGAGAAAACCAGAGAGAAAGUACUUGCUGACUGCUAUCCGGAGAACAAAACAAUCUUCAACUUAACCAACACCACGGCCAUGGACGCGGAUAUGUCACUCGGUCUGUUGUAUGAUAGCAAUGAAGAUACGUUUGGACUCAGUCCGAAAACACUGUAUCUACCAUCCGGACAAUCUAAGCCAGUGACAAUUUGGGCCCACCCCCGAACUGCCAAACGACAGAUGGACGCCUUGGUUUGUUGUGUGCGAAACAAUCCGGAACCGAUUGUGAUGCAAAUCGCUUGCGAUGGUGUUCUACCUGAAGUUGUACUGGACAAACGGGUGUUCAACUUCGAGAAAGUGCUCUUGCAACGGAAGGAAGUCCGCUCAAUAGCUCUUCGAAAUCCAACGCUGCUUCCGUUGCUGUGGCGAUUAUCUGGCGUUGAGACACUGGGCGAGGAGUUUUCUGUCCCACAGGAUGCAGGCGUCGUGGAGCCCAAAUCGGAGUUCGUGUUAUACCUUUACUUCAGGGCAAUGAAACCGUACAAAACCGGACCAAAGAGAAGCCUUCGUUUGGAAGUGUAUGACAUCGAGAAUCUGGCCGGUGUGAUCCAAGUAGAAACUAUUCAAGUAAUCGCAGAAGCUUACGAUGUGGCUCUGGAUAUCAGUUUUCCAAAAGCAUGCGACGGUGUUUUGGACUUUGGUCGCGUGAAGGUCGGGGAAGAGGUGAAACAGCCUCUGGUGCUGAAAAACAGAGGCCCCUACGAAAUCGCCGUCAACUUUGUGUUAAAAACCCCCAAAGGGUCCAAAGUAAGACCGGAUACCGUGUUUACGAUAACGCCGCAGCGAAUGAAUCUACCGCCGUCCGAAAAGCCAACUUCAGUCAUGGUAAGCUGA